AUGCCAUAUAAAGCAUCAAACAUCAAUAUUAUCGAUGUUGAAUUCGAUAAACAUAGAUCAUCGGAUGGUGUUCCUUAUUUAAUAAACAGAAACGUGUUGAAGCAGGAUGAGUUGGAGUUUAUGGCUGGUUACGAUCGCCAAAAAGAUUCAGCAUUGACAUCUAUCAAAGGAAAUUUAAAAGAAUUGAAACCAAAGAAUAUUUUGACUGACUUGUGUCCAAUCUUGAAAUGGCUUCCAGAGUAUCCACUUAAAAAGAAUUUGACAAAUGAUAUAAUUUCUGGAUUGACUGUAGCUGUCAUGCAUAUACCACAAGGAAUGGCUUAUGGAUUGCUAGCUGGUGUCGAUCCAAUAGUUGGCCUCUACAUGGCAUUCUUUCCAACACUUAUUUACGUACUUUUUGGAACCUCUAGACAUAUAAGUAUGGGAACAUUUGCUGUCGUGUCAAUAAUGACUUCAAAAAUUGUCGCUACUUAUUCCGAUCCAAACUAUGGAAGUGUCAUUUCCAAUUUAACACAAACUAUGAGUGAGGAUGGAAAUCCUGUUUAUCCAUAUUCACCUUUUCAAGUAGCCACAGCAGUAACAAUGGUAUGCGGAUUUUAUCAAAUUAUCAUGAGUAUUCUACGUUUGGGAAUUUUAUCUUCUUUACUUUCGGAAGCUCUCGUGAAUGGUUUUACAACUGCUGCUGCUUUUCACGUGCUUACAUCGCAGUUAAAAGAUGUUUUAGGUUUAAAACUUCCGAGACAUAAAGGCGCCUUUAAAAUAAUAUUAUCUUUGAAAGACAUGGUCAUGAAUAUUACGAAUGCAAAUCCGAAUGCAAUUUACAUUGCUGUAGCUUGCAUUGCUUUUAUGAUCACAAUGAAUGAAUUUAUCAAGCCAUGGGCUUCAAAAAAAUGCAAAUUUCCAAUUCCUGCUGAAUUAAUGGCAGUUGUUGGAUUCACAAUUGCUUCAUACACUCUUAAUUUAGGAGGUCCAAUAUACAAAGUCCGAAUCGUUGGAAAUAUUCCAACUGGAUUACCGAUCCCAACAAUGCCACCAUUUGAGCUAUUGCAACUUGUUGCCAUUGAUGCUAUUGCAGUCUGUAUUGUCAGCUAUUCAAUCAAUAUGAGCAUGGCAAAAAUAUUUGCUAAGAAAGAGUAUUAUGAAGUUCGUCCGAAUCAGGAAUUGUUAGCACUAGGAUUCUCAAAUAUAUUUGGAUCCUUCUUCUCAUGCAUUCCACUUUGCUGUUCACUUUCUCGUUCAUUGAUUCAAUAUCAAGCUGGUGGAAAAACACAAUUGACAUCAGUUAUAUCUGCAUCGAUUAUUCUUACAGUUCUGCUGUGGUUUGGACCACUUUUUGAGACACUUCCUCGUGCUACAUUAGCUGGAAUAAUUAUUGUAGCUUUAAAAGGAAUGUUCAUGCAAAUAAAAGAUUUGAAAAGGUUUACAAAAGAAGGAAUUUUAGAAACAGCUGAAUGGAUUGGAACAUUCCUAACAGUUAUUAUUAUUGAUAUUGAUAUCGGACUUUUGACUGGUGUGAUAAUAUCAAUUUUGGCUUUGUACAUUAAAGGAUUAAAAAGUUACUCAAGUAUGCUUGGGCAAGUCCCAAAUACUGAUAUUUAUGUCGAUCUCAAAACUCAUAAAAAUGCAAUAGAAUUACAACACGUGAAAAUAUUUCACUAUAGUGGCUCGAUCAACUUUGCAACGUGCAGUGGAUUUAAGAAGGAAUUAUUUGAUAAUAUUGGAAUUAAUCAACGUGUGAUAAGACGUGCUUCAUUAUGUGAAUCCCAAUCGGAAGCACGUAAUUUCAAUAAUAAUCUUAAGACACUUAUCAUUGAUUUAGGUUCUGUGGCUCAUAUUGAUAUGAGUGGAUAUAGAACAUUUAUGGAAAUCAAAAAUGACAUGAAGCUUAUUAGUGUCAACGUAUUCUUGGCUAAUGCAAGUGAUUGUGUAUAUGAUUCGUUAACUCAUGCUGCAUGUUUAGGACAUCCAGCUUUCGAGUGCUUUUCCACUGUUCACGAUGCAGUUUUAUAUGCAACAAAUAAAUCAGAUUUAUAG